ACAUAUCAUAUUUCGAAGUUGCAGAAUACGUCCAAAUUUGAUUUUUAUAUUUUAUGACGAAUAUUGAUAGUAAAAAAAACUUCUCAUUCUUAUAGUUAUAACAAUUUUUGGUACAUAAAAAAUACGAAAUUUUAUUGCCAGUACAAUAUAAAAUUAAUUCUUCAAUAGGACAGAAUUGUUAGUAAAUAGAAAGAAUAUUGUAAAUGGAUAAAUACUGACUGAUAUGAAAUGCCUACACAUAAAGGUACAAGUAAUUACGGGAAAAAAGCAGUUAUUAUGGAGGGGUGAAUUCAAAAUUGGAGAGAAUAUUGAACUUAGUAAAAAUAAAUAACGUUUACAAAUAUUUUAUUUUGCGCUACAUAUUGGACACUACCAGUUUGGCGCCGAAAUAAGUCAAAAAGUCUAAAAAUUAUUCAUAAAUGUACAUCAAUCUGUUUUAUUAUUCCUGAUCCUUUCGGCUUUCUGACCCAGCAUGAAAAUGACUUUGUCAUCGGUAACAAAUGUAAACGCCGAAAAAGGGUCUUUAAGCAUUUUACCGUUAUUUUUAAUUCUAAGCUAACGCAAGUAUAAAUUUACAUAGCACUUUCAACAGAUGGUCUCUUAAUUCAGAAGCAUUCUAUUUACAACUAUUUAAAAAGUUACAUGUAAUUAUGAAAAUGUAAAAUAUGUGCAAAUUCCUCACACAUUCCGAGGGAGUGUUAGAACCUCCAAAACCCUCCCCUGCGUUCGCGCCUGAUACACAUUAUAAUAAGUGUUAUUCCACCUCAACCAGAGACCCUGACACGGAGAUUUUUAUCAAUCAGGAACGGGGCAGGUGAAUCAAUGAAAUCUUUGAAAGUAUAUAAUACGUAAUUAAUUUACUACCUCAUUAGCCCUUCACACUUAUCUUACUACACUUGUUUUGCACAGAUACCCAAAGAUAUUGCUACAAAGUCUAAAAAAACUAUUAUUGAAAAUAAAAACAUUUGACUCAUGAAGAUUUUCAUGAAUCAGAGCAGAUCAGCCUGGAAAUAAAAAAUAUUUUUUACUAUGAUGAACAUCAACUUAAAAAUUGAUACACAAUGUGAUACCUACUGCAAAUAAAAAUAAAAACACUAUAGUGAAUAUAGAUAACAUAAUAAUCAAAACAUAUCUUCUAAUGAAAAAUGGUUACUCAUUGAUCAUCCAUAUGCACGUAUAAAGAUAACCAAAGCAGUUAAUAAGGUCUAUAAUAAUUGUUAUUCCUUUCAUGCAGAAAACACACUCAAACUUUGCACAUUAUGAGUCUUAUAGUCGGAAAUUAUGUACAUGAAAAGAAUGAAAACUUGGAAGAAUUUUACAAAGCAGCUGGCAUUCCGUUUAUUCCACGAAAGAUGAUGUUGGCGUCCCACCCAUCUAUGCAAAUCACCGUGAAUGAAGAAGGAGAAUGGUCCAUUACAACUGUUACCCUUGUAAGAACACACAUUACAAAAUUUAAGUUGGGGGAAGAAUACGAGGAAACAAUGCCUGGUAACGUUCAAAUAAAGAAUGUUACCACAAAAGAAGAAAAUAAGCUAGUUACAAUUUCAACUGGUCCUGAUGGCAGUAGAUCUUUAAGAAUAUACGAAUUUUCAGAUACUGGCGCUGUUAUCACUUUAAGGCAUGAACCGACAGGAGUGGAAGGAAGGCGUUAUUUCAAAAGGGUUUAAUUAUUACAAAUAUUUAAACGCACUUCAAGGUAAUUAACCACAUGUAUAUGUAUGUAUGCAUAAGCAUUUUUAACCUGCCUAAAUUAAACGCAUUCUUACAUUAA